AUGUCAUCGUCCGUUCAUUUCAAAUUCAAGUCCCAGAAAGAACCCUCAAGGGUCACCUUCGAUGGCACUGGUAUUUCGGUCUUUGAGCUCAAAAGAGAGAUUAUCAGCCAGAGUAGAUUGGGCGACGGGAGUGACUUUGAGCUGUCAAUCUACAAUGAGGACACCAGAGAGGAAUACGACGAUGACACCACCAUAAUCCCUCGAUCGACUUCCGUGAUCGCCCGCAGAUUGCCUGCAGCGCGCCCUGGUAAGGGCGGUGCUGCUCGCUACGUCUCUGGCAAGAUGCCAGUCAAUGCUCGCAGUGCCCCUCGCAACGAACCGUCGAUGAGCCGAGUAACACCCGGAACGGGACAAUCCGUGAACAACAACGUCCUCGAACUCAAUAAUGCCCAAACAGAAGAAGAGAAGAUCAACGCUCUGUUUAACCUGCAAGCUAGCCAAUGGCAGGAACAACAACAAGAAAUGGCAAACGCAACACCCGUACCGUUCGGUCGUGGCAGAGGGAAACCCGUCAAUGUACCUGACCACCCUCCACCUCCAGGGUAUCUUUGCUAUCGUUGUCGGGAAAAAGGCCACUGGAUCCAAGCAUGCCCUACGAAUAACGACCCCAAAUUCGACGGCAAAUAUCGAGUCAAACGAUCAACUGGCAUACCACGUUCACUUCAAACCAAAGUCGAGAAACCAGAAUCCCUGGCCCCCGAUGGCUCCACUGAAGAUUCAAGGAAUACAGGGGUCAUGGUGAAUGCUGACGGCGACUUUGUCAUUGCAAAGCCGGACAAGGCAGCCUGGGAAUUGUACCAAGAAAAGGCGAAGGCAUCGGCGGCGGCAGCUGCUGAAGCAGCAGCUGCCGAGGAGAGCAAAGCAUUGCAAGCUCGAGGUCUGGAGUGCCCAAUUGACAAGAGGAUGUUUUUAGAGCCAACAAAGACACCGUGUUGCCAGAGGACAUAUUGCAAUGAUUGUAUUUCAAAUGCCUUGAUUGAAAGUGACUUCGUUUGCCCGGGAUGUGCUACAGAGGGAGUCUUACUUGAUAACCUCACUCCCGAUGAUGAAUCCGCCUCAAAAAUUAAGGUAUAUGAAGCCGACAGGGCUGAAGCCAAGAGAGAGAAAGAAAAGAUCCCCGCAGGCCCGGAUGUACCAUCUGUCCCCGAAGUCGCCGAAACCGAGCCGAAAGAGUCUUCCGCCAGCAAAGAGCAGAGCCCGCUCAAUCAAGUUCAAGAGACCGCGCCCACACAAUCCAGGAAAAGAUCCGCUGAGGACGAGCCUAGCAGCCGGAGUGAAACUGUAAACUCCGAGCUGGGUAACGUGCCAAAGAAACAGAAGACAGAUGAUGGUCAUUCCGACGUUCCGACCCAGGCCAAUAGCGUCCAAGACGGUGCGCCUGCUGCCACUCCAAAUUUUAAUAACCAGGAUAUGCCCUUCAACGGCUUUGGACCAAUGCAAGGCAUGCCUAUGAUGCCUUUCUCGGCCCCUGGCUUCGGCAAUGAAGCCAUGGGGUUCAUGAACCCCAUGGCGAUGGCGUCUGCCAAUGGCUUUCCCAGUGGCAUGGGUCCUGGGUGGAAUCCCAUGAACAUGCCUUUCAAUCCUCUUCAAGCUGGUAUGUUCGAUCAAAGCAAUGGUGGCAUGCCCAACGGAUUUCCCAAUAUGUUCAACGGGGACCCUUCAAUGAUGUUCCCUAUGCCCCAGAAUGGGUUCCAAGGACCAAGCGCUGGGAUGAACAAUUUCUCGAAUCAGCAGCGGACAGCUUUCAGCACACCAUACUCCCGGGAAGAAGAUUCACCAUAUUUCCGUCAACCCGUGAAUCCGCAACGUCAUCAGGCUAGAAACCGACGAGUUCGGCCUAGCGAUUACAGGGAGCUUUGA